CCAGCAGUGUUCCCAGAUAUGCUAUCGAGUUCGCAACCCAAAGGCUAACAAUAACGUCAUCUACUACGAAAAGGAUUAGUCGUCAUACAUCAAGGGGCUAUCUGAAGAACUAAAACGGAACUUUCGUAAAAAUGGAUUUAGAAUGCUUCAAACCUUCUAGAACUUGGAAGCAGUUCCUUGUAGCUCCCAAAGAUAAGACUGAAGAUCUUAGACGGAAAGGACAGAUGGUUUGAGAGAAGCCUUCUUCAUAAGGGCGCACCAACCUUCGCUGAAUGAUCGUGGCUGGGGCAAAUGCAAAUUUUCAAGAGUUCCUGACCCAAUCCGGCGGUGAUCACACUGGUCAUAUCCCUGAAGAAGACUGAAGUGUUCAGUGGAAAAUCUGGAGGCAAAGUAGCUGAAUGGUUUCAUCUUCAUCCAUCUCUUGAUUCUAUCGACACAAACACCAUGUCUUUGGAACGGACGGGAGCAAUGACCACAGUGGUCUUGAUGAUUGGGUUUCUCGCUAUGUUAACCAUCAGCUCGCAGGGCGUGGUCGCCGACGAUGCACCCCUCUCUGCACCCGUUGGAAAUUCUUGGAUCUCAAGCAUCAGAGAGUUUGUUAAGAGACAGGCGAGUGAUCCAUCAGAGACCGACCUCUCAGAGGUAUCGCCAUCACCUCUUGUUCCUUUAGACGGUGAAGUACAAACCACCACAACUAAGAAACCAAAGAAGAACAAGAAGAACAAAAACAAGAAGAACAAGAACAAAAAGAACAAGAACAAGAAAAAGUCGACACCGGCACCAAUGACCACUCUCUUGAACUUAAUGGAAACGGGAAAGAUCGACAUCCUGGAUCACAUGGAAGAUGAUGAUCAUCAUCAUUACGAGUCUCCAGGAGAAAACAUCACUUUAAAUGCCUACCCAGAUGUGGUGUAUUUGUAUGAAGGGCACAACGGUACGAUUGAGUUUAACUUUACCAACCUACUUGGACCUGUUAUUCUGGAAUUUGAGAGCGAGAACGAAAAGACUUUUAAGAUCGUUAGUGAUGACCAAGUGGUCUUUGACCCAGAUGAUCCGUCUCACAACGGAACUUUGUUGGUUACACUGAAAGGUGGCAAGCUAGGCAUCUCGAAACUCAUUGUCCAUGUUACCGAUAUGGAAGAUGAAGAUGUCUUUGAUACCAAGAUGACUUACGUAGUCAAAACAAAAAGAAUUCCUCGACUGAUCGAUGUUAUAUUCGAUUUCCUCUUGCUUCCCUUGAUCUUAAUUACCACAGCUGGUAUGGGGUGCAAGAUGGAUUUCAUCAUCAUCCGUGACAAGCUCAAGAAACCAUUUCAGAUUCUGGUCGGUCCAGUCUGUCAGUUCAUCUGCCAGCCCUUUUACGCCUUCUGCAUCUCCAAGAUCCUGAAGCUGAGCGGUAUCACCGCCGUUGGUCUGGUCACAGUCGGGUCGUGUCCGGGUGGAGGCGUCAGCAACAUGAUUACCCUCCUCCUGGAUGCCGACCUCAUCCUCAGCGUCACCAUGACGUUCACAUCCACCUGUCUCGCAGUCGCGAUGCUCCCCAUCAACAUGCUCAUCUACGCUCGUCACUUCCUGUCAGGAGAAGGAGGAGGAGUCAACAUCCCCUUUGCGAACAUCAUGAUCCAGAUCAUGAUGUUGACCGUUCCAGUCCUGAUCGGGAUGCUUAUCCAUUACAAACUUCCCAAGGUCGCCCACUACGCCAUCAAGUCUCUCAAUGUCCUAUCACUCACCAUGGUGACUACAACGCUCAUUAUUGGUAUCUAUUCGAACCUCUACAUCUUCAGUUCAGAAUGGCAAGUCUUGAUGGGUGCUUUCCUUCUACCGACGUGUGGAUACAUUACUGGAUUCUGUGUGUCAAAGUUUAUAGCACGGUUCCCGAUGGAGUCUGCUCUGACGAUCAUGGUUGAGACGGGGGUGCAGAACAACCUGAUUGCCAUAUCUAUGAUCAAGCUUUCGUACCCUCAACCUGAAGCCGAUCUCAUGGCCAGAAUGCCCAUCUUUGUAGCCAUUUCAUCCAUCACCAUUGGUUUAAUCAUGAUCUGCGCUGCUGUGCCUAUCAACAGAAGGAGACGCGCAGAGAGGAAGCAGAAGGCGGAGGAGGUUCAGAAAGAACUGGAUGACAGAUAUGACAAAUACGAAUACGAGCCCACGAUAAGGAACGGGAGCACAAAAGUCACCACCAAUGGCCAUUAUCCUACCACGCCCGACUCCGAGGUGCCCCCUUCUUACGAGGAAGCAGAGCCCUUCAUUACGCACCAGAAAAUGGCCAAAGAAACAAUAGUGUAACCAUGGUAAUCAGCCGCUCUGGAUGCUAUAAAUAUGAAACAUUGAGAGUGAUGUUGUUGAAACUUGUUGCCAUGCCGAAAAUCAGAUGUGAAUAACUCCCGGGAAUAACUUCUCAGAUUUUCAAGCCUUGGAAAUGCUGUAAGCAAUCCCGCAUCGCCACGUUGUAGAAAAUGAUCGCUUCUCUUCGGGAUUAGCGUCAUGGAUUCGUCAACCAGGGAAGUUUUUUGGAGGGAAGCUUUUGGACAGUAUGUUAAGAGGGCUAGAGCGGUCAUGUGCCUCCAGGAAUCAAAUGGUUGACUGCAAUUGACUGACAUUUAAAAUCAGCAUUAAAUCUAUUAAGAUGAACUCAUCAGAAUAAUAUUCAUUGAUGAGAUCAUUGCAAUAAUUAUACUUGCUUGACAUACGUACUGAACCAUCUAUGUAAAUCGUUAUUCUCCUUUUGGUUACUUAUGAAAGUCUAUCUAUCUUGGCAUCGGAUAAUUUGCUGACACUGGUCUUUGUAAGAAUUCUCUUUGAUAAAAAUAUCUUCAUCUUUUGGGCUCAACCAAUAUUGAACUCUUCCGUCGAAUUGAAUCACAGACACCCCUUCGCCGAUUCGGUGUGAUGGUAAUUCUACUACAUGCAUGCGAGGAUGAUGAAAUAACGUGUCUAUUCGUUAAAAUUUUCAUUAGACUCAGGGUAUGGGGGCGGAUCCAGAAAUUUCUCAGAGGAGCUGCUCUUUUGUUGCGGAACAAAUAAGAGUCUUCAACCCGGAAUGAAGGGGAUUUAUUUUUAUGUAACGAAAUAUUUUACAAGCCCCCAUAAGUCUUCACUUGCGUAUAUGCACAAACUUUUCCACUAAAAAUAUUUUCAUGGCUCUCAAAGAGGGGGGGGGGGGCAUGGGCUGGAUGCGCCCCACCUGGAUCCGCCAAUGCUGAGGGUUAUUAAGAACACAAGUUUGAUAGGCAAACAUUCGAUGUAGGCCGGCAUGGGCGGGCGCUACGAGGUUAGGACAGAUGAGGGGUCUCCCUUAUGAUUAUUCACGUAAUGAAAAGAAAAAAAAUAAAGGGAAAAGUUAGAAACAGAGGAAGAAAAUGGAAGAAAGGAGAAUACGAAAACAAAAUCUAACUAUCCAACUGAUUCUAUUUAAAACAAAAGUGACAUACCAUUUAGGGUCAUCUUGCCCCCCCCCCCAUCAAAACAUUCUGGCGCCAACUUUAGAGGUAAGUGUUAAAUUUCCAAUGAAAACUAGUGCUGGAGAAUAUUUCAUUUUUCAAAACCAAUCGGCAAAAAUAGAAUAUAUCAAUCAGAAUUAUUACUGUUGCUAUAUGACAUUUCAAUUAAGCAAUCUAUCUUAGUAUGAAUUAUUCAACAUAGCCCUUAAAAAAUUGGUUUCGAUUGCCAGAAAGAAAUGGUUUAUCAUACACAACAAUGAAACUGAGUACCAAUUAACAUAAAAUAUGAGAAUAGCAACAAAAUAAUUUCGUUUUAAACAAUAAAAAAAAUAAUUGUGGUGGGUAUUUCAUUGAAGUGAGUAUCAUUUUGCUAUCAUUACGUCGUGUAUCCAUCAAUGUAUUUUAAGCUGUUAUAUAAAUGAUUUUCAUCACAACUUAUAUCGAGAAAUAUAAUGUACAUUUCUAUAUAAAUAUUUACUUUUGUCAGUGGACGACUAUAA